AUGAAACUUAAAUUUCUCAAAACCCUGCUGGCCUCGUCGGCCAUGCUGAUUGCGGGAGUUGCCAGCCCCGUAUUCGCCCAGCAAGGCGUGACCGCGCAGGAAAUCACCAUAGGCGCGCUCGGCCCCCUGACCGGCAGCACAGCCUUCAUUGGCGCACCGUCGCGCGACGGCAUGCAGAUGGCCGUGGACACCAUCAACAAACGCGGCGGCAUCAAUGGCCGCAAGCUCAAGCUGGUGUUUGAACACGCCUUCUCACCUGCCGAGAGCGUUGCCGCCGCCAAGAAACUGGUCGAGCAGGACAAGGUUUUUGCGCUGGUGCUGGCCUCCGGCUCGACCGGUGCAGCCGCUGCUGCGGACUAUGUGCGCAGCGUCGGCGUACCCACGUACAACCUGUUUGGUUCCACCCCGGUGAUUCGUGAACCGUUUGCUGCCAACGUCUUCCACGGCGCUGUAGCCAGCACCGAAGUGACGGCCGGUGCGCUGGUCGCGCAGUUGGCCCGUGCCGGCGAGAAGAAACCCCAGCGUGUCGGCGUGCUGGUCGGCAGUUAUGCCUACCCCCAGGCCAACCUCGCCGUGCUCAAGCCCCUGCUCGAAAAGCAGGGCGUGGCACUGACCCUUGAAACCUUUGACCAGAACGCCAAGGACUUCACCGCCCAGCUGGUGAAUCUCUCGCGCAACAAGGUUGAUGCCGUCGUGGUGCUGGGCAGCUUCACCGAAGCCGGCUUUGCCAUCAAGCAGGCUCCGCAGGUCGGCCUGAUGAAUGUUCGCUGGGUACUCGACGGCUCAGCCGUGAACAACGCCAUCAUCCCCAUCAUCGGCAAUGCCGACGGCAUUCGCGGUUACUACAACGCACCCUACUACCCCGGCCAGAACGCAAAGCCGAUGGAAGAUUUCGAAGCCCUCUGGAAAACCACAUACGGCACGCCACCACAGGGUCGCCCCAACCUGUUUGACAUCGUCGGCUACGGCUCGACCUUUGUGCUGGCACAGGCAAUCCAGGCAGCCGGCAACGACCUGACCUGGAAAGGCCUGAUCGGCAAGUGGGACACCCUCAAGGGCGCAGCGCCUUCAAAGAUGGGCGGCUUUGACGUGAUCUACCCCGAAACCUUCACCCCCAAGGAUCACCAGGGCAACAAGCUGCUCGGCGCUACCGAAGUCGUCAAGAACAAGUGGGUGGUGGUGAAGUAA